AUGGCUAUUGUGCGAUCGGAAACAGCCGGCAUCAGUACAAGAAGAGACAGUAAAGAGGAAGUGAAACAUGGCGAGCAGGUAGUGGAAGGUGACGGCAAACAUACGAGAAGUCUCGACUGCAGAAACAGCACUCCGCUAGGCUCAAAUUCCAAGCCUGCUUCUGCUAAGUUACUGCGGAAGCGCCUGUUGGGCCGCAUCACUUUUGACUUGCAACUGAGCAUGUUCGAAAAGACGAAGAACAAAAAGUUCUUCCCACGACACAUCCUCCAAGACAUAAUGCCGAAGACCUCGAUCAAUCAAGCUGGCAGCGGAGAAGAUCCGGCUGACACUGUGCUUAGACUCAUGGAAAUUGAACCGAAUAUUGCAAGCUUAGACAACCGAGCGCUUGCAAAUCACAUCCUGAAAAAUUCGAGGAUCGUCUUCCUUAUCCUACUUUGGAUAAAACACGAUCAGCUCUAUGAAGCGAUGAAGCUUUUCAUGGAUCAUCCUUUCACAGACAGCAGCCUGCCCCUCUCAGCGUGGUCUGGAGACCAAUUGAAGAACAAUUCGGAGAAUCAUUUAUUCUCACGUAUGGAAAUUGGUCACAGUAGCCAAAGUGCAGCAGAAGAUCCCAUAUGGGAUGUGUCCUCCAUCAAUAGUUUUGAGGACGCCCAGUGGAUGUUUUUAGCUCCAAAAUUCUCAACGAAAGAACAGAAUGGUCAUUUCGACGAACGCUGCCCAAUCCCUUUCAUCGAUCAAAGCACACACAAGAGCAGUGGGGCGCAUGGCAUCGUUCAUAAGUACACAAUUCACCCGGCGCAUCACGAGGACCUGCUUGAUCCGGUCUCAAGCGAACCUUGCGUGGUUGCUGUUAAAGCCUUUAGGAAAGGCGGAAAACACGUUGCUACUGAUGUAGAAAACGAAGUCAAGGCUCUUGAAAUGAUGAAUACGCUCGAGAAGGACCAUAUCGUUCGGUUUCUGACAUCGUUCCAACGCGGUGCACCGGAUGAUCUGGAAUACUUCCUCUUAUUUGAAUGGGCCCAUGGAGGAAACCUUGGCGACUUUUGGAAACAGCAAGCUGAACUUCCGCGGACGGCCGAAUUGAUGAAAUGGCUGAUCGGGCAAUUGCGCGGCCUUGCAAAAGCGCUCACCGCUGCUCACGGUGCAGUUUGCCGCCAUGGAGAUCUGAAGCCUGCCAAUAUUCUCUGGUUCCGCGAUGCCACAUGUCCCUACGGCACACUCAAAAUCGGCGAUUGGGGUGAGGCAAAGAUCCACAAGGACGUAACUUCAUUGCGCCACGUGGAUACCGAUGCUGGGUACGGUACGAGACGCUACGAACCCCCCGAAACUGGUCCGCAUUCACCAAGACAAGGCCAAGGUUUGCCCAAGCGUUCCCGGUUAUACGACCUUUGGGGUUUCGGCUGUAUCAUCUUCGAAUGCACCAUAUGGUAUCUUUAUGAUAUGGAGCGACUCAACAAGUUCAAUAAUAGUAAUUCGGGAACAUAUGGUACUUCUGACUUCUUCUACGAACGCGAACGCGCUACUGGAAUCGCAAAGGUACAUGGCGUGGUGGAACACUGGAUGGAUCACAUGUCAAAUGACGCAUUGUGCCGCUCAGAAGAAACAGCCCUCGGUGAUCUUCUUGAAAUUGUCCGCACAGGGCUGUUGGUUGUUGAGCUUCCUAAGGGCGGUGGCUUCGUAUCUCAGGCUGAUGCACCGAAGAAUAUCAAGGCGAGAUCUAUUGAGUCCGCUGAUACCCAAACGUUUACAGAUGCGCAUGAUUCUCAUCCAACGAUUCAAGUCACUGCGCCAGAAUCGGCAAAGCUUGAUGAUGCUGCUGAAACUUCUAACGCGCAUGGCAUCACUCCAACAUUCAACAUCACUGAAUCAUUAUUUACGGAACCUACUGGACUGCAAAACCCGGAACCAAAACAUAACGUCAGGCUUCGUGCCGAUGAGCUUGAGGAAGAUUUGAGUCGCAUCCUCCAAACUCAGAAAGGGAACCGCUACUGGGAUCGGUUUCAGGAUCCAAGACCCGAGCCAGUGGGAACCGACAGCUCUUCCCGCUUGCUGGCGCCCUCUGCCCCUCAUAUAUCCACUGCAACCAAUCUUCGCGUUCCUACAACUCAUAAGGUUGAUUAUGAUCAUCCAUCAUUGGACCCAGAGGAUUGGCAGCUCGAACUAGACAACGUAUUUGCCGCGCAGCUCUUAUCUCGAUUGGUAACUAUUACCAGAACUCCUUCACCUCAGAGCCUGCCUUCGGCCGACCUAUGCACGGGUUGUAAAGAGUUUGGUGAGCAGUUACCACAGACGGAUUUCUCGAAGUCAUACAUGACCCGGGCACUGAAAUGCAAUGCGGAUGCCAAACUCUGCAAUCUGUGCUGUUUACUAUGGCAGACUCACCAAAGAUACGCCUCCACAGAGUGCAAUGAGGUUCGUUUCUAUCGCAUGGAUUCUGCUAUGUAUAUGAGCGGUGUGAAAAAUCCCGUGUGUACCUUACUCCGGAGCAAUGGUAAGCCAGCGCUUUGA